GUGGUCGAAGCACCGGCUCCCAGCUCUUGGUCGCCAUUUUGUGCUGGUGAUUGCGGCCAGCGGGGAGUAGGCGGCAGUGGGUCUCCCGGGGAGGGCAGCGCGCUAGGCGCUUCUCCCCUUCCCCCCGCCGCCUUUCUGCCUCCAGCCUUGAACUUGGUUGUUGCGCGAACCAGCUCCUGCUGAGCUGGGAGAGUUGGCGGAGGUGGCGGAGGGCCGAGGUGAUGUCAGGGAGCCCUCCCUUGACAGCCCGAGCAGAGAAGGUGAGAAUCGACGCUGGUCGUGGGGGCGGAGAGUCCCUGCAGGAGGCAUCACCCAGACUGGCAGAUCAUGGUGGCAGCAGCGGGGGUGGCUGGGAAGUGAAACGGAGCCAGCGGCUGAGGAAGGGCCCCAGCAGCCCCCGAAGGCCCUAUCAGGAUAUGGAGUAUGAAAGACGAGGUGGUCGUGGGGACAGGACUGGCCGCUAUGGAGCCACCGACCGUUCCCAGGACGACAGUGGGGAGAACCGCAGCCGGGACCAUGACUACCGGGACAUGGACUACCGCUCAUACCCCCGCGAGUAUGGCAGCCAGGAGGGCAAGCACGACUAUGACGACUCAUCUGAGGAGCAGAGUGCAGAGAUCCGUGGCCAGCUGCAGUCCCAUGGCAUCCAAGCACGGGAGGUACGGCUGAUGCGGAACAAAUCCUCAGGUCAGAGCCGGGGCUUCGCCUUCGUCGAGUUUAGUCACUUGCAGGACGCUACACGAUGGAUGGAAGCCAAUCAGCAUUCCCUCAAUAUCCUGGGCCAGAAGGUGUCUAUGCACUACAGCGACCCCAAGCCCAAGAUCAAUGAGGACUGGCUGUGUAAUAAGUGUGGCGUCCAGAACUUCAAACGCCGUGAGAAAUGCUUCAAAUGUGGUGUGCCCAAGUCAGAGGCAGAGCAGAAGCUGCCCCUGGGUGCAAGGCUGGAUCAGCAGACGCUGCCACUGGGUGGACGGGAGCUGAGCCAGGGCCUGCUGCCCUUGCCGCAGCCCUACCAGGCCCAGGGAGUGCUGGCCUCCCAAUCCCUGUCACAGGGCUCAGAGCCAAGCUCAGAGAACGCCAACGACACCAUCAUUUUGCGCAACCUGAACCCACACAGCACCAUGGACUCCAUCCUGGGGGCCCUGGCACCCUACGCAGUGCUAUCCUCCUCCAAUGUUCGUGUCAUCAAGGACAAGCAGACCCAACUGAACCGUGGCUUCGCCUUCAUCCAGCUCUCCACCAUCGUGGAGGCAGCUCAGCUGCUACAGAUCCUGCAGGCCCUGCACCCACCGCUUACCAUCGAUGGCAAGACCAUCAACGUUGAGUUUGCAAAGGGUUCUAAGAGGGACAUGGCCUCCAACGAAGGCAGCCGCAUCAAUGCUGCCUCUGUGGCCAGCACUGCCAUUGCUGCGGCCCAGUGGGCCAUCUCACAGGCCUCCCAGGGUGGGGAGGGUGCCUGGGCCACCCCUGAGGAACCAUCGGUCGACUACAGCUACUACCAACAGGAUGAGGGCUAUGGCGGCAGCCAGGGCACAGAGUCCUCCCUCUAUGCCCAUGGCUACCUCAAGAGCACCAAGGGCCCGGGCAUCACUGGAACCAAAGGGGACCCAGCUGGAGCAGGUGCCGAGGCCUCCCUAGAGCCUGGAGCAGACUCUGUGUCACUGCAGGCUUUUUCCCGUGCCCAACCUGGUGCCACCCCUGGCAUCUACCAGCAGUCAGCAGCUGAGGCGAGCGGCAGCCAGGGCACUGCUGCCAACAGCCAGUCAUAUACCAUCAUGUCACCUGCUGUGCUCAAAUCUGAGCUCCAGAGCCCCACCCAUCCCAGCUCUGCCCUGCCACCAGCCACCAGCCCCACUGCCCAGGAGUCCUACAGCCAGUACCCUGUUCCUGACGUCUCCACCUACCAGUAUGAUGAGACAUCAGGCUACUACUAUGAUCCUCAGACUGGCCUCUACUACGAUCCCAACUCCCAGUAUUACUACAAUGCUCAGAGCCAGCAGUACCUGUACUGGGAUGGGGAAAGGCGGACCUACGUUCCUGCCCUGGAGCAGUCGGCUGACGGGCAUAAGGAGACAGGGGCACCCUCCAAGGAGGGCAAAGAGAAGAAGGAGAAGCACAAGACCAAGACUGCCCAACAGAUUGCCAAGGACAUGGAACGCUGGGCCCGCAGUCUCAACAAGCAAAAAGAAAACUUCAAAAAUAGCUUCCAGCCCAUCAGCUCCCUGCGAGAUGAUGAAAGGCGGGAGUCAGCCACUGCAGAUGCCGGUUACGCCAUCCUGGAGAAGAAGGGAGCACUAGCUGAGAGACAGCAUACCAGCAUGGAUCUCCCAAAACUGGCCAGCGAUGACCGCCCAAGCCCACCUCGAGGGUUGGUGGCAGCUUACAGUGGGGAGAGUGACAGUGAGGAAGAGCAGGAGCGAGGGGGCCCAGAGCGGGAAGAGAAGCUCACUGACUGGCAGAAGCUGGCCUGUCUGCUCUGCCGGCGCCAGUUCCCCAGCAAGGAGGCGCUCAUCAGGCACCAGCAGCUCUCUGGGCUUCACAAGCAAAACCUUGAGAUUCACCGGCGAGCCCACCUGUCAGAAAAUGAACUAGAAGCACUUGAGAAGAAUGACAUGGAGCAAAUGAAGUACCGGGACCGUGCAGCUGAACGUAGAGAGAAGUACGGCAUCCCUGAGCCACCAGAGCCCAAGAGGAGGAAGUACGGUGGCAUGUCUGCAGCCUCUGUAGACUUUGAGCAGCCCACGCGGGAUGGUCUGGGCAGUGACAACAUUGGCAGUCGCAUGCUUCAGGCCAUGGGCUGGAAAGAGGGCAGUGGCCUGGGCCGCAAGAAGCAGGGCAUUGUGACACCCAUUGAGGCCCAGACACGGGUGCGGGGCUCCGGCUUGGGUGCCCGAGGCAGCUCCUAUGGGGUCACCUCAACCGAGUCCUACAAGGAAACACUGCACAAGACAAUGGUGACCCGCUUCAAUGAGGCCCAGUGAGGACCUGCGAGAGCUACUUCCACAUCUGUUCAUGUCCAGCCCGGGCAGGGGAGAAUGAAAUGUUUAGUGGUCUGCGCAGGGCCCUGCACCUGUCCAUUAGCCCACUCCCCAGCCAGACAGGCCCUGACCAAGUCAGACUUUGAGUUGGUGACUUGCUGGAAAAUUGGGCUAGGAUCAUGUUCUUUUUAUAAUAAAAGCUGAAAAGUCCACA